AUGACCAAACCAGUAGAGGACUUCAACCAUUUGGUCUACGAGCACCUCGUAUGCAGCGGCCUGAGCAAGGCAGCAGAGGCAUUCAGAACAGAGGCAAAAAUAGACGAUGAAAGGGGAAGACGGGCUGAAAGAAGGGAAGAGAGCACCCUGUGGCGGUGGUACGAGCACUUUGUGGAGGUGGCAGACGUAAGGAGCGCAUCGCCCUAUCACGUUGGAUCGAGACACCGAAUUGAGUCCAUUAUGCAUUCACUGGAAAACGAGAAGAAGAGGCACCAGGAAGUGGUUGACUUGUUCAGCAGAAAUGGCAGGGGUGGAAACCAGAUGAAACUGGAGCGGAUUCAGGUGGUGAGACUGAACAUUCUGGUCAGGGAGGCCUUUCUUCAAAAUGGGUGCAUCUUCCUCUGUGACGGAUUCAGCAUCUACUACGGUGACUAUUCGGGUGAAUCGUAUUCGAAGAUCGCAGACAGCAGCGUACGAAACAUGUGCAUCAGCGACGGAGGAGAUGGACGCGUUCGAGUCGGCUACGUCUGCGACGCCAAUGCGGUGCGAGUGGUCGAGGUCAGCGGCAGGGAGCAGAAGUCGCUUCUGACUCUCCAGCACAGUGUCUCCGUCAAGAACAUCGCCCUAGUUCGCGACCAGCUCUUUCUUCUCGAUGCAACUGGAUUCGUGAAGACGUACAGUCUGAGUGGCGGAAGCCACCAUUCCGCCUUCUUUGAGAAGAAGGUGGUUUACGAGAUCGUGGGCUGGCUCGGAAGCAGGCUCCUUGUGAUCGACUCCAGGAACGUCCUGGUCGAGUACGACAUCGAUUCGAGGGAGUGCGAGCAGCUGGGGGCGAUGGAGCUGGAGCCGGUGCUCUCUGUGAAGGAGAACCACCUUUUUGUGAACAGCAGUGGCGUAUCGGUCUACGAGGGUGGAAUUGGCAGCGACCAUUUGGUGCAUUCUGGGAAGGUGGAGCCAAAGAUGAUCGAUUUCGCAAUGUUCAGGGGUGGAUUGGUGGCACUGAAGAGGAAUGAGCUUGUUUUCGAUGGGUUCAGGAUCGAGGUGGACAAGGGGCAUUCAGUCUUCGUACAGGAUGACCAGAUUGUGGUGGUAUCAGAUGAGGGGACAAUAGAAGUGUUUACUCCAGUAAGUUCGUAG